AUGUCAGCUGCAAGGAAUUGGUUUCGUAAAUGGAAAACGCUACCAUGCAUUGGGAGACGAAGACGACUACGUACGACUACCGGGAAUCUGGAAUCUCUGCGCCGUGACAUCGAAACAGACGUUCACCUCCGAGCGAUAGAGGAUUUAUUACAAAGUCUAGGAACUGAUGCGGUACACGGCUUAUCCACGACUGUUGCAUGCGAUCUUUGGAACAAAACUGGCCCAAAUGAACUGACGCCUCCGAGAAAGACCACGAAUGCAUUAAGAUUCUUACAUCUAUGUUUCGGAGGAUUCUCAUUGUUGAUAUGGGUAGGCGCUGUAUUAUGUUUCUGCAAUUACGUCUUGGAGUAUGGCACUUACGGGGAAGCUUCCAAGGAACAUUUGGGACUUGGUGUCGUGCUCGUCAGCUUAAUUUUAGUAACAGCGAUGUUCAGCCAUUACCAAGAGUCGAAGAGUUCCCGAAUCAUUGAGUCGUUCCAGCAGAUGUUACCGCAAAAGGCGAAGGUUCUGCGGGACGGCGAGAAAAAGGAAUUGCCCGUAGCUGAAUUAGUCGUUGGGGACGUUGUCCUCUUGGAAACCGGUGACCGAGUACCCGCUGACAUUAGGAUUCUGGAAUGUCAAGGUCUUAAGGUCGACAAUGCUUCGAUCACCGGAGAAUCUAUUCCACUUUUAAGAACAGGUAACGUUCACCCGACGAACAAUCUAAUGGAAACGAAGAACAUGGUCUUCUUUUCGACCGACAUAGUGGAAGGCAGCGGGAAAGGAGUCGUGGUUGGCCGCGGUGACCAUACGGUGAUGGGUAGAGUUGCUAAAUUAACAUCGAAAUUGGCGCCAAGACCGACGCCGCUCUCGCGCGAGCUUCAUCGAUUUAUGAAAUUGAUCUCGUGUUGGGCUGUAUUCCUCGGGAUACUGUUCUUCACUUUGUCCACCGCGAUAGGCUACAGUUGGAUCAAUUCGACAGCGUUUCUGAUAGGCAUAAUAGUCGCGAACGUGCCGGAAGGAUUGAUAGCUACCAUGACCGUCAGCCUCACUUUAACAGCGAAGAGGCUGGCGAGCAAAAAUUGCGUGGUGAAGCAUCUCGAGGCUGUCGAGACAUUGGGAUGCACCGCUGUUAUUUGCAGCGACAAAACAGGAACGCUCACGCAAAAUAAAAUGACCGUCCGACACAUGUGGUACAACGGUGAAUUGCACGAGGUAAUGGCUUCUGACACGUGGAGAAGAUAUACGAAGAAUCCUGGAUUUCAUAACUUAGCCAGGGUGGCCAGUCUUUGUAAUCGAGCUGAAUGGGUGCCCUUAUCCAAAGACAUGCCUGUGCCACCGUUAAGCAAAAGGAAAAUUUUAGGUGAUGCUUCAGACGCUGCUUUAUUAAAAUGUAUGGAGGUCCUCGUGAGAGGAGGUGCGGAAGCAUAUAGAAGAACUUGCACAAAGGUGUUCGAAAUACCGUUUAAUUCGACGGAGAAGUUCCAAGCCAACGUUUACGUGUGUGGCAAGAAGCACGUUGUCCUCUUAAAGGGCGCACCAGAAAGAGUUUUAGAACGAUGCUCAACCGUAGCGUACGAUAACGAAACAAGGAAACUGGACGAUGAAAUCAAGAAUGCUUAUACCGAGUCUUGUUAUAUUCUAGCAAAUAAUGGUGAACGUGUACUCGGUUUUGCCGACCUCGAUCUCCCCGUUUCUCCCUUUUCGCCGGGUUACGUCUUCAGCGAGGAUCCUCCGAAUUUUCCUCUGCAAAAUUUGAGACUAAUCGGGCUGAUAUCGAUGAUGGAUCCUCCGAGGCCAACGGUGCCUGACGCAGUAUACAAAUGCCGCUGCGCCGGAAUCAAGGUGAUCAUGGUGACUGGUGAUCACCCUGACACAGCGAGAGCAAUCGCAAAGUACGUCGGCAUCAUCACCGAUGAUAUCUUCCAUCACGAUCACAAUGAAAGGAAGAAUUCGAUCGUGGUGACGGGAGUGGAGCUGCGAAGCCUCGACUCGCAGGAACUCGACCGUAUCAUAAAACAGUAUCCCGAGAUUAUUUUUGCUAGGACAUCACCCGUGCAAAAGCUUCAGAUCGUAGAGAGCUGUCAACGACUUCAUCUAAUCACUGCGGUCACUGGUGACGGAGUCAAUGACUCACCGGCACUGAAAAAGGCCGAUAUCGGCAUCGCUAUGGGGAUUGUCGGCUCGGACGUUAGCAAAGAGGUUGCAGAUCUAAUUCUAUUGAACGACGAUUUUGCAACUAUAGUUGCUGGGAUCGAAGAAGGCCGAAGAGUGUUCGACAACUUAAAAUCGAGUAUCGCGUAUACUCUGGCAAGUAACGUCCCGGAGAUAACACCAUUCCUGGCGUUCAUCGUAUUCGGCAUUCCUUUGCCCAUAGGCGUGAUUUGUAUAUUGUGCAUAGAUCUUGGUACGGAUAUGUGGCCAGCCAUUUCCUUGGCUUACGAGAAGUCUGAGUCAGACAUUAUGCUCAGCCAUCGGUUACUCUUCACGGCUUACGGACAGAUUGGCAUAAUCGAAGCUUGUGCCGGUUUCUUCGCGUAUUUCGUGCUGAUGGCAGAACAUGGUUUUCUACCGUAUAAAUUGCUAAAUUUACGAUCGUCGUGGGACAGUAUCGUGGUGAACGACUUGGAAGAUUGUUACGGCCAGGAAUGGACGUACGAGCAACGAAAGAUCCUCGAAUAUACCUGCCAUACAGCUUUCUUCGUCAGUAUAGUCAUUGUCCAAGUUGCCGACGUGAUGAUCUGCAAAACUCGUCGCAUCUCCAUCUUCGAUCAAGGCAUGAACAAUUGGGUACUUAAUUUUGGAAUGAUAUUCGAGAUAACGGUAGCCUGCAUCGUUUGCUACGCUCCUCACAUGGACGAGAUCCUUAGAACUUAUCCAUUGAUUUUCGAAUGGUGGUUACCUGGUGUACCGUACGCCGUGAUUAUCCUCACUUACGACGAGCUUAGGAAGCUUUGGAUUAGAAGGAAUCCCGAGGGAUGGUGGGGCCGCUGUACAGAGUGUUGGAAAGUGAACAGGUCCGAGGCGAUUAAACGACAUUUCAGUUCCGACCAAGAGCAGACACGCACCGAGUGCCCGGGCACUUUCUCGCUUUCUUCUGCUCGCGAGGUCGACCGGCACGGCGUUUACGGCGUUGUCACCGCCCUGACGAGGAAGCAAGAGGCGCUCGAGCAGAAUCGUAGGAAAGUGGCUCUGCCAACGUUGCAAAAAAAGCAGCCACCUACACGAGGGCAGGAGCAAGAGGAAUACGAGGACGAGGAAGAGCUUCCGGAUCAAUGUCCCGAACCUAACGGCUACUUCCCGGACGCGGAACAAUGUGACAAAUAUUACGACUGUCGAGAUGGCAAAGUUAUCGAGAAAUUAUGUCCAGAUGGCCUUGUGUUCAAUGACUUUAGCCCUCAACACGAGAAGUGCGACCUGCCCUUCGGGAUUGAUUGCACCAAGAGGCCAAAAUUACAGAAGCCACAACCUUCGCCACACUGUCCGAGAAUGCACGGUUACUUCGCUCACGAGGAUCCGAGAAUAUGUAAUACAUUCUAUUACUGCGUCGAAGGAAAGUUUAAUAUGAUCACAUGCCCGGAUGGCCUGGUCUUCUCGGAGAAAACAGGCAUCUGCAAUUGGCCGGACGAGGCGCAGAAGAAAGGUUGCGGUUCCAGGGAAUUAUUUAACUUCACGUGCCCCAAAGUGGACGAGUCUGUCGCUGCUACCCAUCCGCGGUAUCCCGACACCGAAGACUGCCAGUAUUUCUACGUGUGUGUGAACGGCGAGAUACCUAGAAGAAGCGGUUGCAAAUUAGGCCAAGCUUUCGACGAACGUACUGGGAAAUGUGACUGGGCGAGGAAGAUACCCGAAUGGUACGACUGGUACAAAGGUCAACUAACUGACGAGGAGCUGGACGCCUUGGAAAAUCCACCGCCAAAGCCGAAACCUUCUGGUGGGCAUAGCAGAAGAAAAGGCGCCAAACCAGCGGCGUGA